UUCUUUUAGUAAAUAGUAAAGUUUCAUUAUUAACACUUUACCGACCGGCAGUCGAUUAAUCGACUUUUUGUUCCCAGCGCUUACCGACCGGUAGCCGAUUAAUCGACAUUUUUAUUUUCCGUUAGAUUCGAUUAGGUUAGACUGGCAAGUAGCAAGUAGCAAGCAUUUCUUAUUUUGUAUUCUGAUACUCGUUGCUUUGCUCUGAAAGCACCCAUAUUUUUAUACAGUUUAUAAAAAUUUAGCCUUCACGAUGAAUGAAAAGGAUAGUGUCGGUGAGUUUUAUCUCGAUGAUCUGUCAGAUUGUCUUCACUGCUCUUCAGCAAAUGGUACUGAUGACGAAAGUGAUAGCAGUAAUGUAAUGAUUCGAAAGCGACGUUCUGUAUUACCACUAAUAUACAGUGAUUCAGAAGACGAUGAUAUAAAUAAUAACGUUGAAGACAGCAGUGGUACAUGGUCGACGAACGACAAGACUAUAAUUUUGGAACCUUUCGAAGGCAGCCCUGGCGUAAAAAUCAUGCCAAGUUCCCCUGAAAGUGUAAUGGAUAUUGUAAAUUUAUUUAUUGGAAAUGACCUGAUUGAGCACUUGGUGAGGGAAUCUAAUAGAUAUCAUUAUCAAGUCAUAGAAAAAUAUAGAUUUAUAUCAAAAACGAAAAAAUGGACAGACGUUACAGUAUCUGAAAUGAAGAAAUUUUUGGGCCUAAUAGUUCUAAUGGGACAAGUAAAGAAGGACGUUCUCUAUGACUAUUGGUCCACGGAUCCAACUAUAGAAAUGCCAACAGAUUUUUACAAAUAAUGUGUCGGUUAAAAUAAUAAUGCCGGUGUCUCGGACGAUAUGCGGUUGAGUGGCCGGUGAGAAGGGCAUAGGAUUCUCGAACCGCUACCGUAAUAUGAAAAUUAACAUUAGAAGAAACAAAACUUGGUCGUUUUCGUAAAACGUUAAAGUAAAAAUGUGUAAAGAUAUGAUGUUUCAAGGUU